AAUUCAUUAUUAUUAUUAAUAGGGGCUUGUAAUGCCUGAUGCUUAUGAACGACUUAUUCUGGAUGUAUUUUGUGGAAGUCAAAUCCAUUUUGUUCGAAGUGAUGAGCUAGCACAAGCUUGGCGAAUCUUUACUCCAAUACUACAUAGAAUUGAGAAACAGGAUGUAAAACUAGUAUCCUAUACCUAUGGAAGUCGUGGACCAAAAGAAGCUGAUGAAUUAUGUCAAAAGAAGGGUUUCAAGUUUUAUGGAACCUACAAGUGGGUAAAGCCAGCAAAUUUGUGAACUACACUUACACUUGUUUUGUUACUGAAAUGUAUUUUUGUUUAAAUCAAAGAAACUGAUAUUUGGAGUGAUUCAUAUUUCUCUAAUAUUUAUAUCUUGUUUUCCCUAUAUAGAAAAGGUAAUCUUUUGUGUAGUUGAGCUUUAUCUGUUUUCUAAGAAUUUUGGAAAGUAAAUUAAAAAAUUAGAUAUAUAAAUUGUCUGAUUAUAAUCGAAUGCUUCAAUUAUUUUUUAGAGAGAAUUCCAUUUUUCAGUGCUGAAGAACAAUAGCAAAGUUUCAACUUAUUAUAUAAAGAAACUUAAAUAGCCUAGUAAGCUUAACUGGAAUGAAAAAAAUGUAACAAGGAUAUUCUUUGUUGAGAUUAGUUUCAUUUGAAACUAUUGACACGAUACCCAAGUUGGGGAAAAAUUUUUAUUUUUAUAUGAAAUGCUAAUAAAGAUAAAAAUGAAAAUUAA